AUGGCUGCACCCCUUGCGCCCGAGUGCUUCACCGCGGGCGGCGUGGCCGGCCACAAGGUGUCCGAGAAGAGUGACGUGUACAGCCUCGCCGUCAUCAUGUGGGAAAUGCUGACAGGGAUGCGGCCUUGGGCAGAGUACAGCCAUCAGAUGGCCAUCAUCUAUCAGGUGGUGCAAUGCGACAGGCGGCCCCCCUGGCCCAAGUAUUGCCCCGCGCCAGAAGCUGUCAGGAAGCUGGUGACGGCCUGCUGGCGCCGCAACCCCAGGGAGCGCCCCAGCGCGGCCGACGUGCUCAAGCGCCUGGAGGCGAUGCUGAGGCAGCUGCCCUCGCCGCCGCCCGACCUGACGCCACCCUGA